AUGGAGGUUCCUCUAGUCAACUUUGAGAACCUGGACGACAUUGGAAUCAACCUGGGAGACCCGAGUGACUCGGGAUAUCCGAACUCACCCACCUCAGAUGCCCCGGAACCAAACCAGGGGACCUGUGGCAUAAACUCACCCACACACUCACCUCAGAGAGGAAGACAGCCGAGGCACUCGCUGGCCUCUCCACCAACACUGAGCAAGAAAGGAACAUCAAGCUGUAACAGCCUGAUCUCCAACUGGAAGGUUCUGAUGAGCAGCGAGGGCAGUCCCAAUGAGGCUCUCCUAGGAAAAGUAGCCAAGGAUUGUUCCGAGGACUACUUUGCUGAAAAGGAGAAAUUCGAGGAGGGCGAACAAAAAGUGGUUAUCAAUGUCUCAGGGAUGAUGUACGAAACAACACUUAAAACUUUGAAUCAGUUCCCAGAUACCUUGCUGGGAGACCCCAUGAGGAGGAUUGACUACUUUGACCCCAUGAGGAACGAGUAUUUCUUUGACCGCAACCGCCCCAGCUUCGAUGGAAUCUUGUAUUUCUAUCAGUCCGGAGGUAAGAUUCGGAGGCCAGCGAACGUGCCAUUGGAUGUUUUUGCGGAUGAGAUAGUGUUCUAUCGACUGGGACAUGAGGUCAUGGAACAGUUCAGGGAGGAUGAAGGUUUCAUCAAAGACCCUGAGCCUCAACUCCCAACCAGUGAGCUUCACCGUCAAUUUUGGCUGCUCUUUGAGUACCCAGAGAGCUCCAGUGCUGCCAGGUCAGUGGCCUUAGUGUCUGUUUUUGUCAUCACUAUAUCUAUUUGUAUCUUCUGCCUGGAGACGCUCCCGGAAUUCCGUGAUGAGCGUGAAUUUAUGCCUGCGUUCGUCAACUUAACCCGUGAUGCCAACGGCACGCUUCUGUCCCCUACUCCUCAUCCUAAGGCCAUGCUCUCUGUCUUUACUGACCCUUUCUUUGUGGUGGAGACCAUCUGCAUCAUUUGGUUCUGUUUUGAGCUUGGAGUACGUUUCAUAGUGUGCCCCAGCAAGAGCGAGUUUUUCAGCAAUAUCAUGAAUGUCAUUGACAUUGUGUCCAUUAUGCCCUACUUCAUUACCGUCAUAACGGAACUGAUGGCCACCCACGAUGAAGACCCCACCGCCAGCCAGAACAUGUCUCUGGCCACACUACGUGUCAUCCGAUUAGUGCGCGUCUUCAGGAUUUUCAAGCUGUCCCGCCAUUCCAAGGGCCUCCAGAUUCUAGGCCAAACCCUGAAGGCCAGCAUGAGGGAGCUGGGCUUGCUUAUUUUCUUCCUCUUCAUAGGCGUCAUCCUCUUCUCCAGUGCCAUUUACUUUGCUGAGGUUGACGAACCUGAUACUCAGUUCGUGAGCAUCCCUGAAGGAUUCUGGUGGGCUGUGGUCACAAUGACGACGGUUGGCUAUGGCGACAUGUGCCCUAUCACUUUGGGGGGAAAGAUGGUUGGGAUCCUCUGUGCCAUCGCUGGCGUGCUGACCAUUGCACUUCCUGUUCCUGUCAUCGUCUCCAACUUCAACUACUUCUACCAUCGUGAAACGGAGCAGGCGUCGAAACAGAUGAUUGAUGCUGCUGCUGAGGCUGCUGCAAAUCAGAAAAGCAGUUCUGAAGAGAAGUAUGAAAGCAAUUACUCGCUGGACAAGAGCAAUGGGAAUUGGCAGACGGGGAAAAACGGCAUUCCAUAA